AUGAAGUUCAUCGAUGUGCUCUCGUCCUUGGCGAUUCUCGCAGGUAGUGCUAUUGCUGCCUCGCGAACAUCGCCGCCUUCCGGCGCCAUCGUUGUUGGCAAGUCUGGCGGCAAAUACACCAAUCUGCAAGCGGCUAUCGACUCCAUUUCGGCAGACUCCACUGCAAGCACGACAAUUUUUAUCCAGUCAGGCACAUACUCUGGACAAGUUUCUAUUCCUGUCCUGAAGGGAAAACUCGUCAUCUACGGCUACACCACCAAUGACCAGGACUACACCAAGAACGAAGUCAUCUUGACCAAUACCCUCGCGGCUAGUUCUGCUGGAAACAACGAUAAAUCCGCAACCUUGCGCGUUGCCACGAACCACUUCAGCCUUUACAACGUCAACGUGAUCAAUGGGUACGGAAAGGGCACUCAAGAGGGCUCUCAGGCGUUGGCCAUCUCUGCAAACGGCGAAUUCCAGGCAUUCUACGCCUGCAGCUUCGUCGGAUACCAAGACACCGUUUACACCAACAAGCCCAACCAAGUCUUCAAGAACUGCCACAUUGUGGGUGCGACGGACAUCAUCUUCGGCCAUAACGGCAACUCUUGGUUCCAGCAGUGCAUCAUCGACAUUGUUGGCCCAGGAUUCGUCACCGCGAGCGGUCGCAGCAGCGCCGACGCUAACUGGUAUGUCAUCAACAAGGCCAAGAUUGCGGCCCAGCCAGGUGCCGGCGACCUCAAGGCGUCGACGACGCUGGGUAGGCCGUGGAGGGACUUCGCACGCGUCGUUGUCCAAAACUCGGAUCUGGGCGAUGUUAUCAAGCCCGACGGGUGGUCUGCUUGGAACUCCAAACCGCCCAGCAAUGCCUAUUUUGCUGAGUACGGCAACACUGGACCUGGUGCCAGCGGCAAGCGUGUGGCCUUCGCGAAGCAGUUGUCGAGUGCAGUAUCCAUUGACAAUAUUAUUCCUGGCUGGACUUCUUGGGUUGAUAUGACUUACUGGAACUCGUCCUAA